AUGAUUGCAAUUGACUUGGAGUUCCAUCAUUGGCAAUGGCAGUAUCAAAUAUCAACUACUUUUAUACUAUUUGUUAUAAUCCCAGCGCUUUAUUAUAUAUAUUCAAAAUACAUUACCUCGUCACCCAAUGGAUAUAAUAAACUUGAAUCGCCCAUUAAAUUAACAGUGACAAUUCCCGACGAAGCAAGACCCAAUUGGAAAGGUAAGAGACUAUACCCCAAACCUAGUAUUAUUGUUGAGAAUGAACCAACUAAAAUUAGGGGUUAUUGUCCAGCCACUGGCCAGGAUCUAGGCAUUUACGAAACUACAUCUCGUAGUCAAAUGGAUGAGAUGAUUGCCAAAGCAGCCAAGGCACAAAAGCAUUGGAGCAAGAGCUCUUUCACAUUGAGAAGAAAACUCCUCAAAACUUUAGCAAGGUAUAUUCUAGAAAACCAGGAAAACAUUGCUCGAAUUGCAUGUCGCGAUUCUGGAAAGACUAAACUUGAUGCGUCGAUGGGCGAGAUUAUGGUGACCUUGGAAAAGUUGAAUUGGAUAAUUGCUCAUGGUGAGAAAACUUUGAAGCCAAGCCAGAGACCAGGACCUUCCAACUUUCUCUUGGGCUUUUUGAAAAAUGCAGAGGUAAGAUACGAGCCAAUGGGCGUCGUGUCAGCGAUUGUUUCUUGGAACUAUCCAUUCCAUAAUUUGAUGGGACCCAUUAUUGCUGCUCUUUUCACAGGAAAUGCCAUUGUUGUUAAAUGUUCCGAAAAUGUUGUAUGGUCGAGCCAAUGGUUUGUGGAAAUGUGUCGUGCAGCAUUGAAAGCUUUAAAUAUAGAUCAGGACUUGGUUCAAUUAUGCUUUUGUUUUCCAGAGGAUGCCAAUUACUUUUCUUCGCAUCCAGGUUUGAAUCAUAUCACAUUCAUCGGAUCUGAAACCAUUGCCCAUCAUGUUGUGGCAAAUGCUGCCAAAGAGUUGACCCCGUGUGUUGUUGAGUUGGGUGGGAAAGAUUCGUUUAUAAUUUUGGAUGACAUUAAGGAUGUUAAUGCCAUUUCAUCAAUAGUACUUAGAGGCACGUUUCAAAGUGCAGGACAAAACUGUAUUGGUAUUGAGCGAGUAAUUUGUUUGCCAAACGUUUACAAGCAAUUGAAGGAAAUACUUUCCGAACGUGUUAAACAGUUAAGAAUCGGAUCUGACAUUGACCAGUUGGAUGAUGUAGAUAUGGGGGCGAUGAUUUCCAAUAAUAGGUUUGACCAGCUCGAAGAAUUGAUUGCAGACGCUGUUUUGAAGGGUGCAAAAUUAUUACAUGGUGGUAAGCCAUAUCAGCAUCCAAACUAUCCUCAAGGUCAUUUUUUCGAGCCUACACUACUAGUAGAUGUUGACGAAAGCAUGAGGAUUUUCCACGAAGAAGUAUUUGGCCCUAUUCUAACCAUGAUUAAGGCCAACAACGUCGACGAAGCCAUCAAAUUGGCCAACGGCUCAAAAUUUGGGUUGGGUAACUCAAUAUUUGGAUCUGACUUUACCCAACUCAACAAGUUGGCCGAUGAGCUCAAGAGUGGUAACGUGGCCAUCAACGAUUUUGCAACAUAUUAUGUGGCUCAAUUACCAUUUGGAGGCGUGAAGAAAUCGGGUUAUGGAAAAUUUGGUGGCGAAGAAGGUUUGCUUGGACUAUGUAACGCUAAAUCUAUAGUUAUGGAUAAACCCUUUUUCAGACUUAUGGGUGUUGCCACGGCAAUUCCUCCUCCCAUAGAUUACCCUAUACCCGAUGGCAAAAGAGCUUGGAAUUUUGUGAGAAACUUAAACAUAGCUGGUUACGAUGGAAGAAUGUGGGCCAAAGUCAAGGCAUUCAAAAGCCUUGCAAGAGGUGGUGCAUGA